AGUUUUUGAUUGGGAAAGAGAAGGAUACACAGUUUAAAUGCAACCCCACCAUCUCUGCCUCUCUUAAAUGCUCUCUCUAUCUCCCUGUUUUCUCUUCAUCGUUUUCCAUUUUGAAUCGAUCUUACAGUUUCUCAUAGAAACCGCAAUUUAGAGAGCAUAUCUCUAUCGCUACUCACGAGGAAGAAGAAGAAGGCAUAAUGAUGAACGGUUGGAGAAGGGCGUUUUGCACUUCCGUACCCAAAGAUAGAGACGCCGGAGGUGAUUCGCCGGAGAAUCAUCGGCGCCGAGAUAAACCCGCAUCUCGAUUCGGGUUUUUCUCCAACCCGUCCACGCCUCGAUCCGAGACCAGACCCUAUUCCGGCUCCAGCCUCCGGUGCCGGAAAUGGGCGGCCACCGCCGUCGCCACUCCGUCUCCGUCGCUUCCUUGUAGCCCGAAGUUGCAGUGCAGAACCACCGGCGAUGUAACUCCGGAGACACCGCCGCCGAAGGGAAACAGAAGCCCUGUCUCUCUUCUCAGCCUUUCUUCAAACCCUUCGUCGCCGGCGAGCUUCUCCCUGUUCAAAUCCAAACUCUGCUUCAACAAAGUAAGAAUCGAAAAUGGAUUUUUAACGUCGAACAAGCACAAAACGCAUCGUGGAAUUUGUUUGGAGCAGAGUAGCAGCAGAUGCGGAAUCUGCGCACAGAGCGUGAAGGCAGGGCAAGGCACGGCGAUUUUCACGGCGGAGUGUUCGCACACGUUUCAUUUCCCGUGCGUGGCCUCACGCGCCGGCGACUCCAAGCUCCUCACCGCCUGCCCCGUUUGCGGCGCCUCUUGGAGACAAGCCUCGCUUCUCUCUCUCUCUCUCCACGAACUGGGUGCUGAAAAUUAUCCGAAACCCGGAUCCGAAUCCGAGUCCAGGACCCGGGGAACUAAGAGCAAGUCGCUGAGAAUCUACAACGACGAUGACCCCUUGAUUUCCUCUCCGAUCUCACUCACUGGUUUCAACCCCAUACCGGAAUCCGAUGAAAACGAUGACGACGACGACGAGCAAGACAACGGCGAGUUCAAAGGGUUCUUCGUCAACACGCCAUCACCGUUAACCGCCAAACUACUGGCGGAUCCCGCCUCGAGAAACGUCGAAGUUAAGCUGUCGCCGGAGGCUGCGAUCGUGGCGGUGUCGAGGGGAUACGAGACUUACUCGGUGGUGUUAAAGGUGAAGUCGCCACCGUUCCCGGCUGCGCGUGGGGCAGCGCGUAGAGCUCCGGUGGAUUUGGUGACGGUUCUCGACGUGAGCGGGAGCAUGGUCGGAGGCAAGGGCGAGAUGCUGAAGCGCGCGAUGACGAUUGUGAUAUCGUCUCUCCGCGAGACGGACCGUUUGUCGAUCGUCGCGUUCUCUUCGAGGUCGAAGAGGAUGUCUCCGUUGCGGAGGAUGACGGCGAGCGGCAGGAGAUCGGCCCGUCGGAUCGUCGACACGCUCAUCGUUUCCGGCGCCGGCGAAGGGAUGAGCGUGAACGACGCGCUUAAGAAGGCGGCGAAGGUCGUGGAAGAUCGCCGGCAGAAAAACCUCUUCUCGACUAUCUUCGUCUUAACGGGCCGUCACAGCGACUAUCAGGCCCAACGGGCCCAGUUGGAUGUGUCGUCCACGCGCAUCUCUCAGUUAGAUAUCCCGGUGCACACGAUUAGGCUUGACGGCAUCGGCGCGUGCAACCAGUUGCUUCCAGAGGACGCGUUCGCCAAGCGCGUCAACAGCUUGCUGAGCUUGUCCGUACAGGAUCUGAACUUAGAGCUCGGAUUGGCGUCCGGGGCGGGUCGGGGAGAGAUAACGUCGGUUUACUCUCUAUCGGGUCGACCCGGUUUGCUGGGCUCCGGUUCGAUCCGGUUCGGUGACAUGUACGCCGACGAAGAGAGAGAGGUGCUGGUGGAGGUAAAAGGCCCAUCCGGUGCACCCCACAGAAUCAUGACCGUACGAUCUCGCUUCGUGGACCCCACAUCCCAGGAGAUAAGAAGCUCCGAGGAUGGGGCGCUUCUGGUCCCACGGCCUGAAGCGGUUAGGUCGUCGAACCAGAGAAUCGCGUGGCUCAGGAACAUCCACGUCAGCAGGCGAGCGGUGGCCGAGUCAAGGAGGUUGAUGGAGGGCAACGAUUUCGCGGGGGCUGAGCGAAUGCUGACGUCAGCGAGAGCGCUGCUAGGGCAGUACGAAGUGAGCUCGGGUGACUCGUGCUUACGAGGCGUGGAAGCUGAGCUGGCAGAACUGAACCGAGCGAGGGGAAGACACGUGGCGAGCAAGGGAAGAGACCAGGUGGCAGAGGUGAUGACGCCGACGUCUGCUUGGAGAGCGGCCGAGAGGUUGGCUCGAGUGGCGAUCAUGAGGAAGCACUUGAAUCGAGUCAGCGACCUCCACGGAUUCGAAAACGCCCGAUUUUAGUUUCCCUUUUCUUUUCUACUUUUAUUUCGUGUUUGCUGUUUCGAUAUAUAUUAUAUAUUUUAAGAAUUUUGUAAUGAUCUGUUACGAAGAAGAAGAAUGGUAUAUAAAAGAAAACGAACAUGCUUUAAUUUCCAUUUUGUAUAUUUACAUAUAUUA